AUGGCUGCAACACAAGAAAAAUGUGAUGUAGUCGACAGUUGGGAAGACAUAGAUGAAAAUGAGAUUAUUGAAAAAACUUUUACAAAGAAACCAGAAUCUACAGGAAAAACAAUUAAUGGACCAUUAGUUAUUCAAAGAGAAGAUAGUUUACGCACACAAUAUACACCACCAGAGCCUUCAGUGAAAAUUUUAAAAAGACCAGCAAAAGAUAGUAGAGCAAAUUGUUCAAAUAAUGAAGUUUUAGGUAUAACUAAUGGUGAAGUUAAAAACAAUAGACAGCCUGUUAGAACAUUGCAGCAACGUCAAUUAGAUUAUGCUGAAGCUAGGUUACGUAUAUUAGGAGAAGCUAAAAGUCCUGAGGAUGAAUUAGAUGAUAGGCUUAAUAAAAUGAAUAUAAAUUCAACAGGGGUUACCCUUCUCAGGCCAUGUGGCGUAGUAAAUAUUGUUCGGCAUCCAAGAGGACCAGAUGGCACUAAAGGAUUUAAUUUAAAAAGAUAG